AUGGCCUGGGCGUUUGCGGUCCUGCGGGUGCGGGAUCUGCCCCUCUUUGCACGCAUUGCCGCCUCGUCCAUGGGCACGAUGCGUGCCUUCUCUCCGCAGAACUUGUGCAACACCGCCUGGUCGUUCGCGGCGCUGCACCUCACAGACGAGCCUCUCUUCGCAGCGGUCGCGCCCCCGUCGAUCGGGCGCAUGGCGGAGUUCGGGCCGCAGGCCCUGGAGAACACGGCGUGGGCCUUCGCGAAGCGCGCGGCCGUGCACGCCCCCCUCCUGGGCGCCGUCUCGGCGAGGGCGCAGCACUCGAUCGAGGAGUUCUCCCCCGCGGAGCUGGCCAACACCGCCUGGUCCCUGGCGACGCUGGCGUGGCACGACGGGCCGCUCUUCCGCUGCAUCUCCGCCGCCGCGCCGCGGCGGGCGCGGGCCUUCGGCCCGACGGACGUCUCCGGCACGGCGUGGGCCUUUGCCACCCGGCCAGUCCGCGACGCGCCGCUGCUCCGAGCGCUGGCGUCCGCCGCGGUGCCUGGCAUGCGGGACUCCGCGCCUGCCUGGAGCCUACGCGCCCCAGAGCCUGGCCAACACGGCGUGGGCCUGCGCACCGCUACAUACUUCACUGACCAGCCCCUGCUGUCGGCGAUUGCCACGGCGGCGUUGCCGACCUUGCCGGAGUUCUCCUCCCAGGCGCUCGCCAACACUGCGUGGUCUUUCGCGGUAUGCGGAGCAUCACAUGUCCCCCUUCUUGUAGGCAUUGCCGAUGCCUCCAUCCGAAAGAUGCCCGAGUUUCGGGCCCAGGAGCUCGCGACUGUCUCGUGGGCCUUCUCCGACCUGGGGCUCUUCCACGCGCCGCUCUUUGAGGCCAUCGCGGCCACCGCCAGCCUGUCGCACCUUGCCGAGCGGGCACCGCUGGACAUGCUGCUGCAGGCCCUCGCGCGCUUCCCGGACCCCCGCCUCGCCGGCGCCCUCGCGGCGGCGGCCCGCGCC